CUUGAUUUGUCAGAGUGAGCGUGUGUGGGGAGGUGGGUCAGAGUCAGCGCAGCUCCGCCGCAGCGCUCAACAAACAUCAGCCUGAAUAGAGAAUAAACAUGAGCGAUCACUGAGCGACUCUGUCUGCCUACUCAUCUGACGGCCAUUCAGUUGGCUUUAUUUUAUCCUUAUUUUGAUCCUCGGGUAUCCGGCAAACUGUCUAAUCUGGAGGAGGACGGGGAGCCCAGCAUGGCCAUGACGGGAGGCAUGGCAGCGCCCCUCCCGAUGAGCAACCAUACACGUGAGAGAGUCACCGUGGCCAAACUGACGCUGGAGCACUUCUACAGCACCCUGCUCACCCAGCAUGAGGAGCGGGAGAUGAGGCAGAAGAAGCUGGAGAAGGUGAUGGAUGAGGAGGGUUUACCUGAUGAAGAGAAGAGUAUGAGGCGCUCUCUGCACGCUCGUAAGGAGACAGAGUUUCUGCGGCUCAAAAGGACCCGCCUUGGUCUCGAUGACUUUGAGUCCCUCAAAGUGAUUGGGAGAGGAGCGUUUGGAGAGGUGCGCCUGGUUCAGAAAAAGGACACGGGUCACAUUUAUGCCAUGAAGAUCCUCAGAAAAGCAGACAUGUUAGAGAAAGAGCAGGUGGCUCAUAUCCGGGCCGAGAGAGAUAUCCUGGUGGAGGCUGAUGGCGCCUGGGUAGUAAAGAUGUUCUACAGCUUUCAAGAUAAACGCAAUCUGUAUCUCAUCAUGGAGUUUCUGCCUGGAGGAGAUAUGAUGACUCUGCUGAUGAAGAAAGAUACUCUGUCAGAAGAAGCUACGCAGUUUUAUAUCGCAGAGACGGUUCUGGCCAUUGACUCCAUUCACCAGCUUGGCUUCAUUCACAGAGACAUCAAACCUGACAACUUGCUGCUUGACUCCCGGGGCCAUGUCAAACUGUCUGACUUUGGCCUCUGCACAGGCUUGAAGAAGGCCCAUCGGACUGAAUUUUACCGGAACCUUACACACAACCCUCCCAGUGACUUCUCUUUCCAAAACAUGAAUUCAAAACGGAAAGCAGAAACAUGGAAGAAGAACCGAAGACAGCUGGCAUAUUCAACCGUCGGGACGCCAGACUAUAUCGCUCCUGAGGUCUUCAUGCAGACGGGCUACAACAAGCUGUGUGACUGGUGGUCUCUUGGAGUGAUAAUGUAUGAGAUGUUGAUAGGCUACCCACCCUUCUGUUCCGAGACACCACAGGAAACCUACAGGAAGGUCAUGAAUUGGCGAGAAACGCUAAUUUUCCCCCCAGAAGUCCCCAUUUCAGAGAGAGCCAAGGACUUAAUCCUUAGGUAUUGCACAGAUGCAGAAAACAGGAUUGGAUCAGGAAGUGUAGAUGAAAUCAAAUCCCACCCUUUCUUUGAGUCCGUGGACUGGGAGCAUAUCAGAGAGAGACCUGCUGCUAUUUCCAUUGACAUCAAGAGCAUUGAUGAUACAUCCAACUUUGACGACUUUCCAGAGUCAGAUAUUCUACAGCCAGUGACGAAUGUAACAGAACCAGACUUUAAGUCCAAGGACUGGGUUUUCCUCAACUACACCUACAAACGAUUCGAGGGACUGACACAGCGUGGCACUAUCCCCACUUACAUGAAGGCGGGCAAGGCGUGAAACUGGCACUGAGGGUCUGGAAGAGAAGGAUUAGAAUGUAAAUGACAAUUCAUAUGCAGAUGUCUGCAGAUGAAAAGCUUAUGCACUGCCGCUUUGUGCUACACAGUAGACCUGUUCUCAGAGGAGUCCCUGGUGACGAUAAAAAGGAAAAUGAAAAAAAAAAAAAAAAAAGCAUAAUAAUUAUAUGGCCAAACAUAUGGAGAGACUCUCUUGUCCUGCUGCUCAGCUAAAAGGAGACACAAAGGUUGUCCAAAUGCUUUUCAACACUGGAUUAAACAGGGUCGCAGAUUUACAAAAGGGAAGCGUAUACAUCACUGAAGCCUUAUGUUCAGAAAACAGAGGAUGUUUUAACCUCAAACCUCUUAGGUGACAAAACUGCAAUAAAGUUGAUUUCUCUUAGUCACUUUUUAGCUUCUUUCCCCCAGGAAGUUGAGAAUCUGUAUAGACCCAAAUGAGAUGCACAUUGUUUGACAUACUGUAUACUGUUAUAAUAUAGUUAACUACCUGAUGCUGAAUAUUUCCCACAAGUGUAUUUGUGCAGUUGUUUUGUUGUAAGAUUGCAAUCUACCUAGAAGAAACUUGAAGAAGAGAUGAACUUGGGGUUUCUGUUUAUGUCAGUGCCAGUGAGCAGCCAGCCCUCCUCUUCCUGUUCCUGUGCAUUUCAUUCACCCAAAGUGAUGUAGUUGAUUCAUUUUUGUUUGAGUGUGAGCUUUGUUCACCUAUGCAACCAUUUUUGUAUUUCUGUUGUAACAUAUGCAAGAUGUAGCUUCAAUCAGUGGUUUUUAAGGGAAGAUCAAUCAUGAUAAAAACUUGCACUCCCAAGUUUUACAAAUCUACAGGGUUUAAAAGGAUAAAGGUAAUCUGCUAAUUUGCAAGAAUAUAUUAGUAUAUUUCCUGAAAAAUUAACAAAAUGGACAAAACUUUAACCAAAUAAUGACUACAUAAUGGUCAGUAAAGAACAUAAAUUGGUGAGUGAAUUUCCAGUGUAUGUUGUGUUUAAAGAAUAGAAGUAUUAGUGAUAUAGAAAGGUUAUGGUUGCUGAAGUUUUUGCGUUAUUGUUCACGGAGUAAAAGACAUCACAGCCAGUAACAUAAUACAGCACUCUGAUAAUACGCUCAUCCAAAUUUAAACAUCUCUUACUAGCUGUCUAAGUUGUUGAGGAUAUUUAGUGAUUGGACAUCUGCUGUUGUGCAUGACUACAAAUUACUGGCCUAAUAGAAAGGCUGAAGAGAGAGCAAAUGCUGUAGCUUAUGUGUAAAAGAUUGGUGCUGGGGGGUUUUAUUUAAUAUAUUCACUUAUGUUAAUUUGUUAUUUGUUGAAUGGUGUAAAAAUGUAAAAGCAAGAAAUAAAUGUUAAAAAUCUGGAAAGAC